AUGGAAGUCAAGGAUUUAGUUAAGAUGAGGCUUUCUCUUUUCUCUAUAGUCGUUUUGCUUGUGAUUGGAGAAAUUAUGUUAAUUUGUUUGUUUUCGGUUUUCAUUCUCGAUUACAAUUGGUUGAUUGGAUUGGCUUUAGGAAGUCUCUUGAGCGGAGCCUCACCUCUUGUUGUCGACGGAUGGACUCAACGAAUCACCGAUGAUGUAAACAAGGAGAGCUUUCCGAUUCUCUUAAAGAUCAAUCACACGAAAUUCUCAAAACUCUUCGAUCGGUUU